AUGAUCACCAAGGUUUUCUAUGAUGUCCGCAACGACUCUGACGCCUUGUUUUAUCACUUUGCAGUCAAUCUCUGCGGGAUUGAAGAUGUACAACUAAUGGAAAAUGCGGCCCGGCCUGGGCGACGGCGUUUCCUCAUCGGAUUGGAAAAGUGCAUAGAUAUCUAUGCACCCCUUUCAUACUCUGAAAAGCUCCGCUGGAAGGCGGUGAAGGAAGCAGGACUCAAGCUCUACCACCCUAAGCAUGGUGGUUCGUACGAAGUUUUCAAUAUCCGGCCGAUCCAGAUGCCUAUCAAAGAUUACUGCAUCAAUGAUGUCCAAUACCUGCCACAACUUAGAGAGAGAUUUUGGGAACGCCUGAGCAACGGUUGGCGCGAGAAGGUGAAGGUUGAGACUCAGAAGCGCGUUUUGGAAUCCCAGAGCAAAUCGUAUGAGCCCCAGGGGGACAAGAAGAAAUUUGACCCGUGGGAUUGCGACUCGAAGAUGAGUUUUUACAUUUAA